GUUGGCGGUGAACCUGUUACCAACUCAGUAUGAAUUAUCUGUGUUAAAUAAUAAUACCACCGAUUUUGAUUUUUGUCUAACUAAAGAAUUUAAUUUUGCUAUUGCAGCAGUAAAUCAACAUGGUUAUCAAUACGUCCGAUGUAUUGCCUGUGUUUUUUGGGCUCGCGGCCGUAAUAACGGUUGCAGUUGCUGCUCAUUUUUACUUUUCGAAAUCAUCAAAAGAUGGCAAAAAGAAAAAGUUAAUCACAUUGUUAGAUCCAACCAAAAAGUAUUUAUUGCCGCUUAUUGAAAAGGAGGAAAUCAGCCACGACACAAAACGUUUUCGAUUUGGUCUACCGUCUGCCGAGCAUGUUUUGGGUCUGCCAAUUGGUCAGCAUAUCCAUUUGAUUGCUACAAUAAAUGAAGAAAAUAUCAUUCGUGCCUAUACCCCAGUGUCAAGUGAUGAAAAUAAAGGAUAUGUUGACUUAGUAAUUAAAGUUUAUGCCAGCGGUGUUCAUCCGAAGUUUCCGAACGGCGGUAAAAUGUCUCAAUACGUUGAUUCAUUGAAAAUAGGUGAUACAAUUGCAUUCCGCGGUCCAACCGGCAAACUUCAAUAUUUGGGCGAUGGUAUAUUUAACAUUCGCAAACCAAAUAAACCAACUGUUGAUAUGAAGGCAGAAUAUAUCAAUAUGAUUGCUGGCGGAACUGGAAUUACGCCAAUGCUUCAAUUGGUGCGUGAGAUUUUGACACGUGCCAAAGAAACACGUUACAAAUUAGCUCUGUUAUUUGCCAAUCAAAGUGAAAAUGAUAUUUUACUGCGCAACGAAUUGGACUCAUUGGCUGCUGAAUAUCCGGAUCAUUUUAAAGUUUGGUAUACCGUUGAUACAGCAUCCGACAAAUGGACGUACAGCACUGGUUUCGUGAAUGCUGACAUGAUUCGUGACCAUUUGUAUCCGGCCUCAGAUAGCACAGUUGUACUUAUGUGUGGACCACCACCGAUGAUCAAUUACGCUUGCAUACCGAAUCUAGACACACUUGAAUACAAUGCAGAUCUUAGAUUUGCCUAUUAAUUUAUUUUGAAAUUGAAUUUUUUAAGAUAAAAGAAACACUGUACAUGAGAGAGAUUGAGAACCAAUUCAAACACACGUUUUUUGUAAAAUACAUUUAAUGCUGAUGUAUACUUGAAAACCAUAUAUGGCAAGGGAUUAUUUGUUAUUUUUUUGAAGUUAAUAAAAUCGAAAAAAAAAAUUUGCGGACA